UUAACGAUUCAUGUGAAAGGCAGGGUGUUUUGUAUACUCUCUCGCCUAGUACUUAUUUAUUUCUAAACAAAUUUCAAGAUAUUAAAUAAUUUUUUUCUUUAUUAUGUAGAAACUUCAAUCCGUACGAGUCAACCGAAAAUGUCGACAGUACUUUUGGCCGUUAUUGCAGUGAUAUUAUGUAUACUUUUCCGAAUCUUGAACGUGAAUAGUCAACCACACAAGCCUCUCAUUUAUGGACGAGAUAAAAAUUUCAUCGAAAAUAUUCUCUUCAUAGCUCCAUUUUUGAGUGAACCAUAUAUACCAACAAGAUUAUGGGGAUUCAGUGGACAUGUCCAGACAAUUUUGCACAGUCUCAUUGGAAGAGUCCGUUGUCCUUGGCCGAUAGGUGCAAGAAUAAUGCUAGUUCUACCUGACCGCUCUACUCUUACCUAUGACUUGUAUGAACCUGUUGGUGCGGAGCAUGAAGACGAUGUAACAGUAGCCAUAUGUCCCGGUAUCGGCAACACCUCGGAGAGUGUGUACAUUCGUACAUAUGUACACUACUCUCAGCGGCACGGAUACAGAUGUGCUGUACUGAAUCACAUUGGUGCCCUCAACAGCGUUCCUGUUACUGGAGCAAGGAUCUUCUCGUACGGUCACACGGAUGACUUCAGUUACAUGAUAGAGAAUCUGAUGGAGAAAUAUCCCAACACAAAGCUGAUCCUAGUAGGAUUCAGCCUUGGUGGCAAUCUGAUUACGAAGUACUUGGGCGAAGACAGGAAAAGGCCUAAAAAUAUAAUUGGCGGGAUCUCUAUUUGCCAGGGAUAUAAUGCUAUCGACACAAUGGUGUACCUUCUCCAAUGGCAGAACUUCCGCCGCUUCUACCUCUACAUCAUGACGGACAACUACAGAAACAUUAUAACGCGACAUAAGCGAAUGCUGCUAAACCACGACAUGAAGAUUAAGUAUAAUUUGGACGAGAAGAUGAUCGUUUCGGCUGGUACAUUACCGGAUCUAGAUGAGGCCUAUUCUAGGAGAGUAUACGGCUUUAAAUCCGUGACGGAGUUGUACAAAUGGAGCUCGUCAGCGUUCUACCUGGAGCGGGUUAAGACGCCCAUGAUAUUCAUAAACGCGCGCGAUGACCCCAUAGUCCCCGAACCACUGCUGCCCAUCGUCAGGGAAUUUGUUAGUUCGCACGAUAAGAAAAUGUUCUUGGAAUUAGCGCAUGGAGGUCACCUAGGUUUCUAUGAAGGAGGUUUACUCUAUGCCAAUCCCGUGACAUGGCUAGACCGAGCUGUAGUGGGUCUCGUUGGAGGACUUUUAAUGGCACAUAACAAAUGCUCACCCAAAGAGCACAUUGAAACUGACUGUUCCAUAUCAGACGAAGAACCUGAUCUCAUUAAAUCAGCUACAAUAUUAUACAGAGACCCGUUUGACAAAACACAAGCAUAAUACAUUCCCGUCGUAAUUCGGCAUUUAAAUGUUAACGUUCCAUUUUACACAUGUACGAUUUGGUUAAAGUUUGUGUUGAAACGUGAAAUGAAACGCAAUUUUUCGAAUUUCAAAUGAGAUUAUGGUUUUCUGUUUGAAUGAAUGGUGUUGCUUUAGAUGUAUUAUUGUAUUGCCCAGAGCUGAUUUAACCCCUAAGGCCGGACUAUACCCACAAUAGGCGGUGCUUUUUGAUUCUCGUAAGAAAAUUACGACUGAUAUUUGAAUAUAAUUCCGGCCUCAAAUGGCCUCUUUAGCCUAAUAUGCCAAUAUAGUUUGUACAAUGUUGUCGACUCUGGCAGGCCUAGAGUUUUUGCUUUAAUUUAUUUCCAUAUUUUUGUGUUUGAAGUCUAAUUAUUUAUGUAUCAAUUGAUCGUUUAAAUCGUAUUAAAUUGCAUUUAUUGUAUGGUUGACGCAACGGAAUUUUUGAAAUGCGGUUAAAUUAGGAAAGAUACAGUUCAUUUAUUCUGAAUGAUUUGAAGUAUAAACAAGCCCUAGCGUGUAGAAGAAUCUCGAUUUUAUUAGCAAUUAACACAAUUUUCUCAUUUAUGAACUUAAAUACAGUUUUAAUGUAAUUAAUAUUUGUAAUGAUUUAAUAAAAUUUACAGAAGAAUACAGACGCAAAAUAAAAUGUCAUUUUGAUAUUUUAACAUAACAUGGACAUAUCGUAAGAGCGUAAUCAAAGAGUUACAGAGUGGAGAUUGAUUUGUGAUCUGUGAUAGUUCAUUAAAUACAAUUUAAACCUUUGUCUUGAAUAAUUAGUAAGUAGUUGGUACUUACUAUCAUAAGGUAAUUUUGGAUACAGUACCUGUCUGAAUAAUAAUGAAAUUUAGAAUCACUAACGAUUUUGGAUUUUUUGUUUUCAUUAUAAUCUUAUUUUUAAUUUAAUUUUUUACAUACGCUUACAUUAUAUUUUAAAUUUAACAAAUACAAAUUUUACUCUUUGAUUUUUUAGAAUUAUCAUCGCCUCUCUUUUCUCACUUCACCUUCACUAUGUCUCUGGUUAAAAAUUACGCCUUAUUUGUUUUAUAUUUUUAAUAAGUUCAGAAUAAAUGGACGGUAGGUAGUGUUAUUUAAAGUUAUUUUUUAACAAAAUAUUGUGUACAGUUGAAAAAUAAGUUGAUGUCUACUGAAUCACACAUAUUAAGAGCAGUAUGAGUAAACGAAAAAUGCUUUAAUAAUGAUAGGAACGAUUAUUGUAUUCGAAAUUUAAAAUUUAUAUUCCGGCUUUAAAGAUUGAAAAUCCAAUCAAUUUAAAUUUAGAAUGGUACUAUUUUUUAUUAAUAAUUAAAUUCUAACAUGAUUUUAACACAGAGCAUUAUAAACUGUAAAAUGAUGUAUUGUUUGUUCCUCAUCAACUUAUUAUUAUUACAUCUACAUUUGUCUGUUUAUACAGAUUAUAAAUAUUUAGUAGCUAAUGCCUUAAUAUUUUUUUAAUAAGUGGUAGUGUUAUAAAGCACAAUAACAGGUUAUAAAGUGUCUUAAAACUUGUUUAAAUUAUUGUAUGAAGCUGUUAGCUGAGCUAAGGUUAUUAAUUAUUUUUAUAUAUUGCGUGUUGAGAUGCCUUCUAUUGAUUGGCUUUACAUUGAAACGGUAAAUAUUUAAGUGCAAUAUGCAUUAAAUUUCGGAAAAGUUUUCCAAAAAUUUUACAUUUGUAUUCCAUUCGGGGGGUCUAGUCAAAACGGCUUAACAGUAGUGUAUGUAGAAAGUCGAAAACUAAAUUUGUAGGAAAAUGACAGCUGUAGUUGGUACGAACUGUCGACACUAGCUGUCAUUUUCAUACAAAUUUAGUUUUCGACUAAAUUUGUAUGAAAACUACUGUUAAUCUGUCUUGACUAGACCCCCGGGUCUGAUUAAUAUGGUAGAAAAAUUUUCGAGUGGGAGGGUGGAUAAAUUCAAUGUCUUUCAAAUUUGUCUUAAGGUGAAGAAAAUGGUAAUUGUAAUUUAAUAUUUUUUUAACAUUUACACGCCAAUGGUAAUGCCUGAUCGCUCCGUGGCUAUGAAUGAAACACACGCAAUAAACUUUUAUAGUAUUGAGUUAUACAAACUCACUGUUAUAAAUAAAUGUAUGUUAGUUGUGAGUACAAAUUGCUUUUUAAAUUAUUAUUAAUGAAUGAAGACUAGAGUGACAUGCGCCAUAGAUUCUUAGUUUAAUGGCCUUUGUAUAGACUCAGUUUUUUAUAUACAUAGACUCUUAUCUAAUAAUUUAAUAACAGUUCGCAAUAGACUAGAAAAUGCUUAGAUACUUUGAACAGCACAUGAAGGCUAAUGAGACAAUGUUUUUUUUUAAUAUUUUAGAUAAUCUUCAAAAUACAAUAUUUUUAAGAACUUCGAUAGUAAAUUGAAUCUCUGUUUAUCGUUUUACGUACUUAUAACUUGUAUCACAUAGAGCGCGUUACCAACGUGACAAUAAAACCUGCAGGGCUGUGUCUUUGUUUAGUAUGUUAAAAAUUGUUUGCUUUUUGUAACGAUGCACUGUUCAAGAAUGUUGUAACUUAUUCAAAUAAAUGUAAUAAUAUAUA